GAACAAUCGGAUACAAACGGUCCCGUCGCAAAUAGGCCAUCUUAGCAACCUGGUUCAUCUAGAUCUGUCUAACAACAUCAUCGCUCGGCUGCCGUCGGAGUUGCGUGAGUUGACGAAACUUCGGUACUUAAACCUGGCCCACAAUGCCCUCACACGUGUACCUGGCAGCGUGACUGUGCUGCGCAGUCUACAGCAAUUGGAUCUUAGUUUCAACCAACUCUCGGCUUUACCUGGGGAUAUAGGUAGAUGA